AUGAGGAGCUCGCUCGGGGUUGCGCCGGACUUGCCGACAGCCUCGAGCCCACCUGCGGUGAGCUGGGAGAGGAGAGAGGUAUAUGCUCGUUCUGCAUCUUCCGACUCAGUGCGGGAUUUGGGUGAAGUACGGAAGAUGAGGAUGAGGUCGACGGGAGAUGGUGUGGUCAUCUUUAAAAUGGCACAGUCUCGCCUCUCUCAACUCACCAGCCAGAUAUCUACCAGCCUUGGUGUGGGCAAGGCAAAGCUGCUCAUUCCCUAUGACAAUGAUGUCGUGAUCGUCGCGGCGAAGAGGAGCGCUAUCACAAAGGCGAAGAAGGGUGGAUUCAAGGAUACUUGCCCCGAGGAGAUCCUCUCUGGUGUCCUUCGUGCCGUCUACACCUCCGUCAACCUCGAUCCUUCUCUGAUUGAAGACGUCGCGGUUGGGAACGUUCUUCCCCCCGGUGGGGGAGCCAGUGCAGCGCGUAUGGCCUCCCUUCACGCCGGAAUUCCGAAUACUACAGCUGUCAAUACCCUUAACCGCCAGUGCUCCAGUGGCUUGGCUGCCGUGAACCAAAUCGCAAACGAAAUCAAGACCGGGCAGAUCGACAUUGGCAUUGGUGCCGGUGUCGAGAGCAUGACCAAGGGUUUUGGUCCUCAGUCCCUCCCCACCGAGUGGUCCGAGGCUGUCCUGUCGAACCAGGAAGCCGCCGACUGUCUCAUCCCUAUGGGCAUCACCUCCGAGAAUGUUGCAAAGGAGUACCGCAUCUCCCGUGAAGCACAGGAUGCAUUCGCUGCAUCCUCGUUUCAUAAGGCAGCUGAAGCCCAGCAGGCUGGAAAGUUCAGGGAGGAGAUCAUCCCCCUGCAAGUUAAGUGGAUCGACCCUAAGACCGAGGAGGAGAAGAUCAUGCUCGUCGAGGCCGACGAUGGCAUUCGUGGGGGUGUCACAGCCGAGUCUUUGGCCAAGCUCAAGCCUGCUUUUGCGAAGGACGGUACCACUCACGCGGGUAACGCCUCCCAAGUCUCUGAUGGUGCCGCUGCCGUCCUCCUUGCUCGCCGUUCAGUCGCCAAGAAGCUCGGAUUGCCCAUCCUCGGCAAGUUUGUCGCUGCCGUCGCUGUUGGUGUACCGCCUAGGAUCAUGGGUAUUGGCCCUGCUGCUGCUAUUCCAAAGGUGCUCCAGAAGGUCGGUAUCAGCAAGGACGACGUCGACUUCUAUGAGAUCAACGAAGCCUUCGCCUCGCAGGCUGUUAUGAGCGUGGAAUCCAUCGGCAUCCCGUUCGAGAAGGUCAACCCUGUAGGCGGAGCCAUCGCUCUUGGACAUCCUCUUGGUGCCACUGGUGCAAGGCAGAUCGCGACUGGAUUUUCACAGGCCAAGAAGACCGGUGCGAGGAUCUUCGUCACCAGCAUGUGCAUAGGAAGCGGGAUGGGCAUGGCUGCCGUGUUUGUCAACGAGCAGUAG